GAACAGGAGACAAAAUCAUGCCUCUCUGCUUAAUGCCAUCACAUGAUGAGCCCUGCAGCCCUUCAUUUAAUCAGGGAGGAGGAGGAGAAGGGGAACAGUGAAAUAUUAUUCUUGCUUCUCUGAAGAGGCUGGAGAAGCAUUAAAGUUAACCUGUGCUAGAACAGAGUCUGUUCACCUGCAUGUGCAACACAUGCUCACUAACACCAUGAAAGGUUUGUGCUUUCUGGUCUUCCUUGGAUUCCUCCUCCUGAAUGAAGGGGUUCUGUAUACCACUGCCAAACAGUUUCGAGAUGUGCUGAGCCAUGGAAAAACUUCUUCACAUGUCAGGUACCAUAAGAAGCUGCAUGGCUGGUCUCCUGAUCAAAACAACUGGAAUGAAAAACUUUAUCCAUCUUGGGAAGAAGGAGAUCCCAGAUGGAAUGACUGCUGGAGAGGAGGAAGAGUGGUAGCCAGACUGACCACUGACAGCCCAGCUCUAGUGGGCUCAAAUGUGUCCUUUGCUGUGAUCCUAGAGUUUCCCAGGUGCCAAAAAGAAGAUAAUGAUAGCAACAUAAUAUAUGACAGGAACUGCAAGAAUGAUUCUACAGACUUUCUUGACCAUUAUGUUUACAACUGGACUAAAUGGAUUGAUGACUGUGGUUGGGAAAACUGUACAAGCAACAAUACCCAUCAUGUGUUCCCAGAUGGGAGACCUUUCCCUCAUCAUCCUGGCUGGAGGAGAAGGAACUUUGUCUAUUUGUUUCACACACUUGGCCAGUAUUACCAAAAAACUGCAGGCUCUUCAGCAACUGUUUCCAUUAACACAACUAAUAUUGCCCUUGGCAAACAUCUGAUGGAAGUGCUUGUUUACAGAAGAGGCCAUCGGACAUAUGUUCCAGUUGCAACAGCAAGUGCUCCUUAUGUUGUAACAGACCAAAUUCCAUUAUUUGUGAACCUUUCCCAGAAGAAUGACCGCGAUAUCUCAGACUUUAUCUUCAUCAAAGACUCACCUAUUAUAUUUGCUGUCAAAAUCCAUGAUCCUAGCCACUACCUUAAUAAUUCUGCUAUCACCUAUACGUGGAAUUAUGGAGAUGGCAGUGGCUUAUUUGUAUCAAACAACCCUAUUAUAACUCACACGUAUACACUGGAGGGAAACUUUACUCUUAAUUUAACUGUUGAAGCUAUAAAACCUGUACCUUGUAAGCCAACAACACCUACUCUACCAUAUCCUGCUUCAUCAGGGACAAAAACUCCAACUCCAGCUACUACUACAAAUGAUAGUGCUAUAACUACCAAUCCAUUUGCUAAUCUGGCUUCUCCUACCAGUGCUAGUGUAAUGGAAUACACUCCUGAUGGAGGCUGCCAUAUUUAUAGAUAUGGACACUACAAAGCUGUUAUCUCCAUUUUAGAGGGAAUCCUUGAGGUAAAUAUUAUUCAAAUGACCAGUGUCUUGAUGUCAGUGGCCCAAGCGACAAACACCCUGGUUGACUUCGUUGUUACCUGCCAAGGGAGUCUUCCUACAAGUGCUUGCACAACAGUUUCUGACCCCACUUGCCAGGUGUCUCAGAAUGUGGUGUGUGAGUCUGUUGAAAUUACUGAUGAAUGCUUACUGACUAUAAGAAGAGCCUUCAAUGAGCCUGGAACCUACUGUGUAAACAUUACAUUGGGUGAUGACACAAGCCAAGCCCUCGCAAGCACACUGAUAUCUGUAAAUGGAGGAUCAUCUUCCAGGACAGCACAAGGUGUCUUGAUCUCCUUUGGUUUCUUGGUGGUGUUUGUGGUCAUUGUGACUUUCCUUCUUUACAAGAGAUACAAAAAGUAUAAACCUAUUGAAAGAAGUGCAGGACAAGCAGUGAACCAUGAAGUACUGAGGGUUUACUUCAGCAAUUUCAAAGCAAUUCUUUUUGGUGGAAGCAAUGAGAGGGAUCCUCUGCUGAAAAGCAAACCAAGAAUUGUUUAAAUCUUUAGUCUAACUUCUAAUUGUACACUGUGUAUGGAUGGGGCUUACAUCUGAACUGUGCUUCAAUGAAUAUCUCUGUUAUAUAAGCACAGGGGUCUGGCAAACUGCAAACGCAUGUAGAUUGAUCAAUAAUAUUUU